GAGGGGAGUAAGUGGGUGAUGAAAACAAAAGUGAUUUCCCAGAAACCAUAGACCAUAUAUAAUUAAUAGGGAAUUCUCUCAAAAAGCACGUUGAAACUUCGAAGAAGACUUUCUUGCUCGGAAUCUCCAGGCGCCUAUAUAUAGCCAGAGUCUCCACGCUCCCAAGAAGGCAGUGGUAAGUGGUUACACCCACACAUCAGAGACCACAAAAAGAAAGAGACAGAUAGCCAUGGAAAAUGGUGGUAAUGGUAAUGGUGUUGCAGCUGUGAACUAUGAAUCAAAGGCAACUUCAACUAUCACCAUAAAGGGUAUUCUGAGCCUUCUAAUGCAAAGCAUUGAUGAUGAGAAAAACGAUGGUGAGAAUAAUAAGAGAGUGAUUUCUCUUGGCAUGGGUGACCCAACACUGUAUUCAUGUUUUCACACCACAAAUGUCUCUGAAGAAGCUGUUGCUGACACCCUUCUCUCUCACAAGUUUCAUGGCUAUGCUCCCACUGCUGGCCUCCCUCAGACCAGGCAAGAAAUUGCUGAGUAUCUGUCACGUGAUCUCCCUUACCAGCUAUCUUCAGAUGAUGUUUUCAUCACGUGCGGGUGCACGCAAGCCAUCGAUGUCUCGGUGGCGAUGCUUGCACGCCCCGAUGCAAACAUCCUGCUGCCGAGACCAGGCUUCCCAAUAUACGAACUCUGUGCCGCAUUUAGACAAGUUGAAGUGAGGCACUAUGAUCUGCUUCCUGAAAAAGGCUGGGAGGUUGAUCUUGAUGCCGUCGAGGCUCUUGCGGAUCAGAACACUGUUGCAUUGGUGAUCAUAAACCCAGGAAAUCCCUGUGGAAAUGUGUACACUUAUGAUCACUUGGAAAAGAUUGCGCAAACUGCGAAGCGGAUUGGAACAAUUGUGAUUGCUGAUGAAGUUUAUGGUCAUCUUGCAUUUGGGACCAACCCUUUUGUUCCAAUGGGAGUUUUUGGGUUUACUGUUCCUGUUAUCACUCUUGGGUCCUUGUCCAAGAGAUGGAUAGUACCUGGUUGGAGGCUUGGUUGGUUUGUGACAACUGAUCCUAGUGCCACUUUCAAAAAACCCAAGGUAGUUGAGCGCAUUAAAAAAUAUUUUGAUCUUUUGGGAGGUCCGGCCACCUUCAUUCAGGCGGCUGUACCGCACAUAAUUAAUCAAACUGAAGAGUCUUUCUUCAAGAAAACCAUCGAUAAUUUGAGACUUACCUCGGAUAUAUGUUGUAAAGAGAUAGAAGAGAUUCCAUGCAUUUUUUGCCCUCAUAAACCAGAAGGGUCCAUGGCAAUGAUGGUGAAAUUAAACAUUUCGCUUCUAGAAGAUAUUAGCAAUGAUAUUGAUUUUUGUUUCAAACUUGCAAAGGAGGAAUCUGUUAUCAUUCUUCCAGGAACGGCAGUUGGGCUAAAAGAUUGGCUUCGCAUUACUUUUGCCGCCGAUCCAUCGGCCCUUGUAGAAGGUUUGAAAAGGAUCAAAGCUUUCUGCCAAAGGCAUGCCAGAAAAUGCUUGAAGCAAUAUUGAAUCCAAGAAAUAAAAUGGCUACUAAAAAUGUGGCCCUUGACCCUGUCUCCUGCAAUAGAAAGUUAAACACUCUCAUGUGUCCAUAUAGAAAAUUACAGAAUAGGGAUUAAUGUCAUUGCAUUGUAUUUGAUAGAAAAAGCAUCAACAAUCUAAUUUGCCAUUGCAACAUAUAUACAGUGGAGAUCCUCAUUGCAGUGUGGCAUCAUCUUUAUCAAAUAAAAUAUAUUAAUCUCAUUGCAAUGUAUUUCAGUUUCUAUACUAA